AUGUUGCAAAGCUGGCGCCAAGCCCUCUGGGCUCUUCUCCUUCUCGUGUCUGUCGCUCAGGCCCAAUUCAACUUCUUCGACCAGAUGUUCGGAGGCGGCGAGCAACAACGCCAACAGCAGCGGUCGCAGAACAGUCCCAGUGACAGUGAUCGGUACCAACAGAUGUGGAAUGGAGCACAAUGCGACCACUACCUCUGCCCCGGAACUCUUGCUUGCGUACACUUCCCACACCACUGCCCAUGCCCCCACCCUAAUGUCGAGGAGAAGGUCGAACUUGGAGAAGGAAGUGCUGUUUGUGUGUCGAAGGGAGGGUUCAAGGCAGGCGAAGCUGCGCGGAAAAUUGAAUUGGCUCGCAAGGGUCUUUUGUGA